AUGAGUGCGCGUGCCUCUGUGAUCACCACGGCGGCAGGGUCAACGGCUUCGAUGGAGACCAUAUGGAUUUCUUCUGGGCCGGAGAUUGACGUGGACAUUGGCACCUUUCGACUGUGGCUCGAUUAUCACAGCCCGCGCGAGGGUGCACAACAACGUCCUGAAUGGCGCACCCACGGACACGACAUUGUGCUCAACGACACCGUCGACCAAUUUCAAUACUUUAGCUCUAUCGAGCCGUGGCUUCAAGAGCCGAGCGUCAAGCACCAUCGGGACAUCUUCUCCUUGCGUCGGCCUGCUCUUCAAUCCCUGCUCACCAUCUACUACAGCUUUCAUUCAGAGAUCAUUCGUGACAUCGUUUCUCGCUCCCUGGGUAAGCAAGGUGGCUUGUGA